AUGUUACAAUAUCAUCCACAUUACCAUCAGCAACAACAACAACAACAUCAGCAACAACAACAGCUACAGGAACAAUCAACGUCACAUGGCCAUAACAAUAGCAAUGGUCAGCCGCCACGUCUGAGCAGUGCUGCUGCUCACAGUAGCAAUCAUUAUCAACAUAACAAUUGCAACAACAGCAACCCUAACAAUAGUCACAGUGGUCACAGUGGUCACAGUGGUCACAGUGGCCACAACAAUCACGGCAGCAAUGUGCAGCGUCAGCAACAACAGAAUCAACAUAAUGUUGCUCACAUGCUCAAUUCAGUUCGACAGCCACAGCACAGCAGCAACAGUCAGCUGCAGCAUCACAACAGCAAUAGCUUAAAUACAUCGCCACACGGCAGCAACGUAACAUCAACCUGCAACACACUCACAAUAUCAAUCACCUCAGGAGCCUAA